AUAACAUAAAUUAAGGUCAUCCGUAAUAUAAAGCAUAUUUUAUAAACUAAGGUCCCAAACUCUCAUACCUAAUUAUAUCUUCCUCUUAACUUAAUGGAGAAGCCGCUGCUCCACACAGCCGGUGACGGUGACGUUGAGUUGAGCUAUAAGCCACUUCUUUAUGAAGGCACCAAUGAAGACUAUGCACCGGUGAGGAGCUUUGAUGCACUACGGCGUAUGUUUUGGAUAGAGACAGUGAAGCUGUGGCAAAUAGCCGGUUCUACUGUGAUCACUAUGGUGUGUAUGUAUGGAAAUACCGCAGUUGUUGUGCUCUUUGCUGGUCAUCUCGGAACUAUUGAGCUCUCUGCCAUCUCCAUUUCGCUGACCGUCAUCUCCAUAUUCUCUUUUGGAGUCAUGCUUGGGAUGGGGAGUGCUCUGGAGACCCUGUGUGGACAAGCAUUUGGUGCUGGACAAGUUCAUAUGCUUGGGAUCUACAUGCAGCGCUCAUGUAUAAUCCUAUUUGUAACCAACAUCUUCCUCUUGCCGACCUACAUCUUUGCCACGCCGAUUCUAAAGUGGUUGGGCCAAGAAGACGACAUAGCUAAUCUAGCCGGAAAAUUCUCACUCCAAAUAAUCCCCCAUCUGUUCUCACUUGCUGUAAUUUUCCCAACUCAAAAGUUCCUCCAGUCUCAGAGGAAGGUGAAGGUGCUGGCAUGGAUUGCUGUUUUGGCUUUGAUCGUAGAGAUAGGAAUGCUAGGGCUCUUCAUCUAUGUGUUCGAUUGGGGCACAACGGGGGCAGCUGUGGCAUUUAACGUCACGAGAUGGGGGAUGGCAAUUACUCAAGUUGUGUAUAUUAUGGGUUGGUGUAGGGAAGGUUGGACUGGAUUUUCAUGGCUGGCAUUCAAGGAGAUUUGGGCAUUUGUAAGACUUUCCCUUGCCUCUGCUGUGAUGCUCUGCCUGGAAAUUUGGUACAUGAUGAGUAUUAUCAUUCUCACAGGACAUCUUUCUAAUGCAGUUAUAGCCGUUGGCUCUCUUUCCAUCUGCAUGAACAUCAAUGGAUGGGAAGGAAUCUUGUUCGUUGGAAUAAACGCCGCAAUAAGUGUUCGUGUCUCUAAUGAGCUUGGGUUAGGGCAUCCCAGAGCAGCCAAAUACUCUGUUUAUGUGACAAUAUUUCAAUCUCUUAUACUUGGGAUUUUUUUCAUGGUUCUUAUUUUAAUAACUAGAGACUAUUUCGCCAUACUUUAUACAAGUGACAAGGAGCUGCAACAAGCGGUCGCUAAACUAGCAUACCUUCUUGGUAUAACUAUGUUGCUUAAUAGUGUCCAACCAGUAAUAUCAGGUGUUGCAAUUGGAGGUGGAUGGCAGUCAAUGGUAGCUUAUAUAAACUUGGGUUGUUACUACAUUUUUGGACUUCCUCUUGGAUACCUUCUAUGCCAUGUUGCAAAUUUGGGAGUCAUGGGCCUUUGGGGAGGCAUGAUAUGUGGAACCGCUCUCCAAACCAUACUUCUGCUAAUUAUACUUUACAAAACCAACUGGAACACAGAGGUGGAGCAAGCAACAAAUCGCGUCCGGAAGUGGGGUGGGCAAAACAUGAAAACUGAGAAUGUAGCUGAAAUUAUAUAAAUAAAAAUUUCAGUUUAGUUGGGUUAUGUAAAUGUCCACUUUUUCCCGCAAGUAAAUGAUGAAUUAUGCGAAAUUAACUCAUCA